AGCACCGUGUCUAAAAUACUGCAGUUACUUUUUCUUUGACUUAUUUAACUGUUUGUUUUCUCUGGAUGUGCUCGUUUUUCGUCUUAAAUUGUUCACCUGAGUUACAUAUGACUGCAUUGGAGUUUUUAGAGUCGUGAAGUAGAGAAAAGUGAGUGUAAGUUGAUCUGAGCGUGUGUGGUUCAGCCUGUCUGAAUGUUAAAGUGGCUGCAGUGAGUCAUACAUGUUAUUUAGGUAGAAAUGGGAAAGAAAAGAGGCAAGGACAAGAGCUCAAGAGAGGAAGAUGACACUGACUUCACAGGGCCAUCAUGCAGGCAUAUCAAGAAGGGAAUAGACCAAAAUUUCCUUAAAAAGUCUUGGAAUUUUGACUGGACGACUUGCCAAGAUUGCAAACAGACCAAAUGCAAAGAUGGUAGCAGCUCAAACCUGCCACAGGACUCUGAAGAUGAAAAAGAAACCGUAUCGCUAUGGAUGUGCUUGAAAUGUGGCCACAGAGGCUGCGGGCGAAGCUCUGAAAACCAACAUGCAGUCAAACAUUAUGACACUCCUCGAUCAGAUCCUCAUUGCCUGGUGGUCAGCUUGGACACCUGGAGUGUUUGGUGUUACAUAUGCGACACUGAAGUCCUGUACUCUGGAACCGGCCUUGUGGCUCAGCUGGUGGCCAACAUAAAAAAACACGCUUCAUCAGAAACCACAAAUAGAUCAGAGAAAAGGCUGAAGGAAGAAGACGUCAUGUUGACGGAAGAGCCUGUGAAUGUAAAAACAGAGGAAAGUGAGGACAAGGAGAAUCAGAACCAACAAAUGAAAAACCGCAAGAAAGAGAGCGUAAAUUUGCAAAAAUGUGGCACAUUUCAAGACAACAAUGGAGUAUCUGUAAAGGGACUUAACAAUCUUGGAAACACUUGCUUUUUUAAUGCUGUUAUUCAGAGCCUUUCUCAAACUCAACUCUUACGACAGACUCUCAGUAAAGUGACUGAAGAGAAAACAAGCCUGAACGUUACGUCUGGUGCUUCCUCACAUCUGGAGCCUCUCUCAGUCCACUUAGACCAGCCUGGAUCCAUGACUUCAGCUAUGUAUCAGUUGCUCAAUGAGCUCCAAGAGUCAAAGAAAGCUGUGGUGACACCACGGGAGCUGUUCGCACAAGUUUGUAAAAAAGCUGCCAGGUUCAAAGGAUUUCAGCAGCAGGAUAGCCAGGAGCUCCUGCGCUACCUCCUGGACGGAAUGCGAUCUGAGGAGACCAAAAGGGUAAGCUCUGGGAUAAUGGAGGCACUUAAACAAUCCAGAGGAAACACAGAUGGAGAGGAGCUGAAAACAGUCGUGAAAGAGUAUGAGAAAAGCAUGUUUCCAAAAACCUUUGUUGAUGAAGUAUUUGGUGGGGAAAUGACAAGCACGAUAAUAUGUCAACAAUGUAAAACGGUGUCUGUCAUCACAGAAAUGUUUUUGGAUCUUUCUCUUCCUGUUGCUGAUGAGGUGUACAGGAAAAAGACCCAGAGAAAAGGAGUGCAGAAGACCAGUGAGCUGAGCCAGGAAGACAUGAAUGGCUCUGUGAUGACAAAUGGAAGUGACGAUAUUCCCAUAGGUGGUGGCAGCAAGUACCAGCAAAAGAAAGCCAAGAAACAGGCAAAGAAGCAAGCAAAGCAUCAGAGGAGGCAGCAGAAGUUUGAAGGCAGGAUGACUUUGGAUAGUCUCACAUCUCCGAGCUGUGAGAGCACACAAACUGACUCCAGUGAUGCAAAUGAUCAGGAAAAUGCUGACAGUCGGACAGAUGAAGAAACCCCACUGAGUGAAAGGAAUCCUGAGCAAAUGAUCUCUGAACAGGACCAAAAGAACAUUGACACAGUUCAGGACAAGAAUGAAGAUGAAGACCAUGAGGAUUCAGUGAUGGACUGUGAUUCAUCUGGAACGUCAGUGGUCGGCAAUCGUUUUAAUGUUUUAUCAGAGGGUCAGGACUCGAAGAGCAGCAUCGUCGAUGAUGACAAAAUGUCUGACGUGGAUCAAGAUUUAGAGGACGACUCACUGUUAGUGAGUGAAAUGGAGAAGGUAAGCUUGAACAAUGCCUUCAUAGAAGACUCUGAUGCUGGGGAAGAAAGCCCAGAGUGUAAAGAUGAACCACUGGAGGCCAGAGAGUACACCGUUGUAAAUCAGGACCCAGAACAAGCCUUCCAAACGUGGGCAUCCAGAAGGGACCCAGACAAGCAGGAGUGUUCAGUACAUUCAUGCUUGUUUCAUUUCACACAAGUGGACCCUCUGACCCAGAAUAACAGCCUGCUGUGUGUGACUUGCACAAAACAGCAGCCGAACAACAACAAAGCUGGAGGAACCAAGAAGAAUGUGUACACUGAUGCUCUGAAGCAAAUGCUGGUCUCCUCUCCUCCACCAAUACUAACCCUUCAUUUGAAGAGAUUUCAACAGAAUGACUAUAGUAUUUGUAAGGUGAACAGACAUGUCCACUUCCCUUUCAUCCUGGACCUGGCUCCUUUCUGUGCUGUAAAUUGUAAGAAUGUGAUGGAAGGAGAAUCUCAGGUUUUGUACAGCCUGUAUGGUGUUGUAGAACACAGUGGAACAAUGAGGUCAGGCCAUUACACAGCUUAUGUGAAAGUUCAACCUCAGUGCUCUACACCUUCGUCCAAUGGAUAUGCAGCAAAAGGAGAUUUAGAGUCACCCAGAGGAUCCUGGUUCCAUAUCAGUGACACGAGUGUCCAGCCUGUGACCGAGAGCAAAGUCCAGAGUAGCCAAGCCUACCUUUUGUUCUACGAAAGAAUCCUCUAGUUGUAUCAGAC